CGGCCCAACGUUUCUCCUCGUAUUUUUCGGUUUAGGAGUCCGACUGGCGCUGGCAGAUCGGUGUGUGAUUGGAGCAGCGCAGAGAUUGCCUGGAGCACAAGCCCGACGCACAGACACAGGCCCCCCGAACUAUAGUCGCAUUGUAGACUGUUUCAGCAUUGUAUUGGCGACUUCCCGAAAGGCUUGACAUCGUCGUGGAAUACGACUGCAUGUUUUAUUUUUAGGAUAUGUGCUGAUAUGCUUCUCAUUCGCCUCUUUUAGGCUACAAUAACAUUGGAGCCGUGCAGUUUUUGAAUUCACCGUGUCCAAUCGAAGGGAAAAUGUGGAUGUGUGCGAGGGGGAUAUGGGAAAAAAACUAUUGAUUAAUAGUUCCCGAACGGCAUCUCGCUAAGGAACAGUUUGUCCGGUCCUUGGGGACGCAUGGACUUGGAGAGAGAGAGAGAUACCUGCCACAAGAAACAACACGAUCUGUCCCUCGUAAUUGGAGCAUGCAUCGGAACCACGGACGUCUUUGUGUUGCCCGCUGCGUAUUCCGAGUUUGAGGGGGGCCUCUAGCCUGCUGAAGGGGUGACCACUCUCUCCGUGUUCCUUCAAUGCCAAACUGAAAUAUUCGUCAAACACCAUUUAGGACUGUUCACCUCAAAUAUGAGAAGAUGACUGGUGAGGCUUCUCCUAAAACCACAGAUCGCUGACUACUCCAAGACUCCUCUGCUUUUUCGAUUCUAUAUCCUACAACCACAGUUGUUAACUAGAGGGCAUCUGGAGACCUCUCCACACUCAGCAACAAUGGCUCCUGCAGCGUGGAGGUGUUUAGUUCUCCAUUGUCUACUGCUCACCCUAAUUCAUUUCCAUUGUUCAGAAGGGUUCGGUCGUGCGGCCCUGCCGUUUGGCCUGGUCAGAAGAGAGCUCUCCUGCGAAGGAUACGCCAUCGAUCUCCGCUGCCCCGGUGCUGAUGUCAUCAUGAUCGAGACGGCGAACUACGGCCGCACCGACGACAAGAUCUGCGACGCCGACCCGUUCCAGAUGGAGAACGUCAACUGUUACCUCCCCGACGCCUACAAGAUCAUAUCACAAAGGUGCAAUAACCGUACCCAGUGUGUGGUUGUGACGGGCUCCGAUGUGUUCCCUGACCCCUGCCCUGGUACCUACAAGUAUCUAGAGGUUCAGUAUGAGUGUGUCCCAUACAAAGUGGAACAAAAAGUUUUCAUUUGUCCCGGGACCCUGAUGGAGGUGGGGGAGCCCACGUUUGUGUUUGAGGCAGAGCAACAGGCGGGGUCGUGGUGUAAAGACCCCCUGCAGGCCAGAGACAAGGUCUUCUUCAUGCCCUGGACGCCGUACCGCACCGACACUCUGAUUGAGUACAACUCCCUGGAGGACUUAAAAAAUGGCCGCCAGACUACCACCUAUAAACUCCCACAUCGAGUCGACGGCACCGGCUUCGUGGCCUACGACGGAGCCAUCUUCUUCAACAAGGAGCGCACGCGCAACAUCGUGAAAUUUGACCUCCGCACGCGCAUCAAGAGCGGUGAAGCCAUCGUGGCCAACGCCAACUAUCACGACACUUCGCCUUACCGCUGGGGCGGCAAGACGGACAUAGACCUCGCUGUCGAUGAGCGGGGGUUGUGGGUAAUCUACGCCACGGAGCAGAACAACGGGCGCAUCGUGGUCUCACAGCUCAACCCAUACACGCUCCGCUUCGAGGCCACCUGGGAGACGGCGUACGACAAGAGAUCCGCCUCCAAUGCCUUCAUGGUGUGCGGCGUGCUGCACGUGGUGCGGUCCACCUACGAGGAGAACGAGAGCGAGGCGCCCAAGAGCCACAUCGACUACAUCUACAACACCAAGCUGAGCCAGGGAGAGUACACAGAAAUCCUCUUCCCCAACCAGUACCAGUACAUCGCUGCUGUGGAUUACAACCCCAGAGAUAACCAGCUGUACGUGUGGAAUAACUUUUACAUCCUGCGCUACGACCUGGAGUUUGACGCGGAGAAAGACCCUGCUGACGUGCCAACUACAAAAGAUGUCUCCCUCUCAUCAGCCCUGCCUGAGACCACCACUCUCAUCACCACCACCACGUCCACAGUCAAAGGCCCAGUUAACACCACGAUUCCGGCUGACCCCAGGGAUGGGAGAGAGAGAGAGGCGGGAAACCCAGCGGAGGACCCCCAUGGGACGGCUGACCCCACCGCCCCAGAGACCCCCACCCCCAGGCGCUUCUGUGAGGGAACAACGAAGAGAGGCAUUUCCUGGCCCCAGACACACACUGGAGUCACCGUGGAGAGACCCUGCCCCAAAGGAACCAGAGGCAUUGCCUCCUACCUCUGCACGGUGGCAGGGGGGACCUGGAACCCAAAGGGACCUGACCUCAGCAACUGUACCUCCCACUGGGUCACUCAAGUGGCACAAAAGAUCCGUAGUGGGGAGAAUGCGGCUAACCUAGCCAAUGAGCUGGCCCACCACACACAGGGUCCAGUGUUCGCCGGUGACAUCAGCUCGUCAGUGCGUCUCAUGGAGCAGCUGGUGGACAUCCUGGACGCUCAGCUCCAGGAGCUAUGCGAAAAGGACUCCGCCGGGCGUAGCUUCAACAAGCUUCAAAAGAGAGAGAGGACUUGCAGGGCAUAUAUGAAGGCCAUUGUGGAUACGGUUGACAACCUCCUGAGGCCGGAAGCCCUGAAGUCCUGGGAAGACAUGAAUUCCACGGAGCAAACGCACGCCGCCACCAUGUUACUGGAUACCCUGGAGGAAGGCGCCUUCAUCCUUGCCGACAACCUGAUUGAACCCGCUGUAGUCAAAGUGCCUGCAGACAACAUAAUGCUGGAUGUGUAUGUGCUCAGUACUGAUGGCCAGAUGCAGGACUUCAGGUUCCCCCAGACCAGCAAGGGUGGAGCCUCCAUUCAGCUGUCUGCAAACACAGUCAAAGUCAACAGCAAAAACGGUGUGGCCAAGCUGGUUUUUGUCCUCUAUAAGCACCUGGGCCGGUUCCUCAGUACAGAGAACGCCACUCUCCGAGGAGGAGGAGGACGUAACCUUUCAGACCUGACCGUCAACUCGCACAUCCUGGCCGCCUCCAUCACCAAGGAGUCCAGCCGCGUGUUUGUGUCCGACCCCGUCAUCUUCACCCUCGAGCACCUCGACAAGGAGCACUACUACAACCCCAACUGCUCAUUCUGGAACUACUCUGAGAGGAGUAUGAUGGGCUACUGGUCCACUCAGGGCUGUAAGCUCCUGGACACCAACAAGAGCCACACCACCUGUUCCUGUAGUCACCUGACCAACUUCGCCAUCCUCAUGGCCCAUCGAGGAAAUGUGGUGGAGGGGAGCGUCCACGAGCUGCUGCUGACGGUGAUAACGCGGAUGGGCAUCGCUGUGUCUCUGGUGUGUCUGGCCAUCAGCCUGUUCACCUUCUGCUUCUUCAGGGGCCUGCAGAGCGACCGCAACACCAUCCACAAGAACCUCUGCCUCAACCUCUUCAUCGCCGAGCUCGUCUUCCUCGUGGGCAUCAACAUGACUGAACCCAAGCUGGUGUGCUCCAUCAUCGCGGGCGUUCUUCAUUUCUUCUUUCUGGCGGCGUUUGCCUGGAUGUGCCUGGAGGGCGUGCAGCUCUACCUCAUGCUGGUUGAGGUGUUUGAAAGCGAGUUCUCCCGCAGGAAGUACUAUUACGUCUCCGGAUACCUCUUUCCCGCCGCGGUGGUGGGAAUCUCGGCCGCCAUCGACUACCGCAGCUACGGGACACAGAAGGCCUGCUGGCUGAGGGUGGAUAACCACUUCAUUUGGAGCUUCAUAGGACCUGUCACCUUCAUUAUCAUGCUCAACCUCAUCAUCCUGGUGGUGACCAUGUACAAGAUGGUGAAGCACUCCACUUCCAUGAAACCCGACUCGACCCGGCUGGGCGGUAUCAGAUCCUGGGUGCUUGGAGCGUUUGCCCUGCUCUUCCUCCUGGGUCUGACCUGGUCGUUUGGCCUGUUCUUCCUCAACGAAUCCUCCGUGGUCAUGGCGUACCUCUUCACCAUCUUCAACACUCUGCAAGGGAUGUUCAUCUUUAUCUUCCACUGCCUCCUCCAGAAAAAGGUCCGUAAAGAGUACAGCAAAUGCUUCCGCCAGUCCCAGUGCUGCGGAGGUCUGCCUUCUGAAGGGUCCCACAGCUCGGCCAAGACGGCCACGUCUCGAUCCACCGCACGCUACUCCUCCGCCACACAGAGUCGUAUCAGGAGGAUGUGGAACGACACGGUGAGGAAGCAGUCCGAAUCCUCCUUCAUCUCCGGAGACAUCAACAGCACCUCCACCCUGAACCAGGGGAUGACUGGCAACUACCUCCUAACUAACCCUCUGCUCCGAGCCCACGACCCUAACAACCCCUAUAACAACCUGCUGGCUGAGACGGUGGUGUGCAACACCCCCUCCCCUCCAGCCUUUCACUCACCAGGGCAGCAUUCUCUGACCCACAGCAGGGACAUCAGUGCCAUGGACACCCUACCCCUCAACGGAAACUUUAACAACAGCUACUCCCUGCGUGACCAGGAAGACAACCAGGAAGACGACUAUGAGGACAUUGUGGGUGUGGUCGGGGGAGUGGUCCAUGGCCCGGGGGACCUGGGGGGCCUCAGCCUGGAUGACGCCGCCUUCGAGAAGAUGAUCAUCUCUGAGCUGGUGCACAACAACCUGAGGCCCCGCGGGGCCCCCAAGGGCCACAACCCCCAUAGGGAUAGCAGGGACAGGGACCAGGCCCCUCUCCAGACCAGGGUGACUGUGGACAGGGAUAGGGGUUGUGGGGGUGGAAGCAGCAGCGAAGAUGAUGCCGUAGUGGUGGACCAUGCUGAGGCUUCGUCCCUCCAGAGAGGCAGUAUAGUCGGGGUAGUAGGUGGAGGUCACCCCACCCUAGAGUUGCUGCUGCAUCCCCACCAUAAGGAGGCGCUAGAGGCCCCACUCCUGCCCCAGAGGACUCACUCCCUGCUCUACAGCGCCCACAAGGCCCCCAGGAGGGCUGUGGAGGGCCCUGGGUGCCACGGCUCAGAGACAGUGGGGGCAACAGGGGACGGGGAUUCCCAGUCACCCAACAACAACAGGGACUCCCUGUACACCAGCCUGCCCAACCUGAGAGACUCUCCCUCAGCCUCCCUCUCAGCCUCAUCCUACCCCCCCGAUGAAGAUGAUAACCUGUCACAUUCCCCCAUGAGCGAGGGGGAGGACCUGUACCAUAAAAGCAUGCCUGAGCUGGGCGACGGGCCCCAGCCCCUGUCCUACUACCACAUAAACCGAGGCACCAGCAAUGGGUGCAUCGUAUCCCCCAGCGCUGAGGACUGUGUACCCGAGGGAGAGGGCCCCCGGGACGGACAGAUGCAGCUCAUUACCAGCCUCUGAGCAGAUGGGUGGAGGAAGGAGAGGAAGCACUUCUCUGGUGUUUUUGCACAGGUUUGAACAUAUGUAUGUGUGUGGGCUUUGGUUGAUGUCAAGACUAUUGCCAACCCUCAUCGGUUCUCCCAGCCCUCCAUCUCUGCACUCCUAAUGACCCGUCGGAGCGGGAAGUGAAAUGUUUGUGAGUGGUAGGGAGGAAGGAGAUGGAUUACUUUUUCACACACACACACAAAUAUCCUCUGAAACCGUCUGUCUGUCUGUGGACUUGAACUGCUCUGCUCUGCUGUGGGACUUCAGAGAGGUAAAUGCAUAGACCACUACAAGUGUCAGAGAGAAGUCUGUCUGGCGCCAUUCCUGUCCAGCCUGCAUUUGUAUUAUAUUGAAGAAGAGAAAAAAAAAACAUGGUUUAGAACUCCAGGUUUAGAACUUUUGGAACACUGGUGAAGUGUUCCUGGAGGGGAUUCCAGAAUGAAUGAGGAUGAGUAUCUGUUGGGUCCUGGACUCUAGAAUGUUCUAGAGUCAUUCCACUAAAUAGUGAGGACUGUCAAACAAAGAACCACUAAUUCAGACUCAGGCCUUAUAUUUUCUCUAUUGCACAUUUAUCUGUUGUCAGAGUAAUAGCUAAAAGAAAAUAUAUUUUGCUGUACCACAAAAAAAAAAAAAUAUGAAAAAAUGUUAUGGCAACCAAUUAUACAACAUUUCAAUGUUGAGAAGAUUAUUCUCGAAGCAGGUUGCUCAAAUCUGUUUUUUUCCUCUCACUUGACUCAUUGUGGUAUAUUUGAACAUUAAAAAAAUCAAAUAAAAAAAAUCAAUUUUUUAAAAAUCCCAUCAUAAACCAUACAUCUUCAUUUGUGAAGUGCUUUUUGCUUUCAUGAAUCAAGAGUUUUGCCAGUAAUAUUUUGUGUUAAAACCAUGCCAAGCACAGAUUUGGCGUGAAUUUGGUCGUUGUGUAAUUUAUUUUACUUGAAAGAAAUUGUCAGGUUUCAAAAAAUAUGUGUCAACGCGAUAUUUCAAGUUUUACAAGCAUAUUUCAGCCGUUGACACUAAUUAAUUUAUUAACAGUUAUUGAACAUUUGAAAAAGUAAAAUGGUUGGGAAGUGUGACUUGUUUCAGCACUGUUUAGGUUCAUAUCAUUUAUUUUGUACGAUCCCAUUGUCGGCUUAUAUAAAAAUUCAACUCUUGUUUGAUAUCAAAUAAAUGUGAGACUUUUUCUUGUU